UUGAACUCCCGGCAUGCAGUCUGUUUGUGCAGGAUUUAUAUGUGUUGGGCGGCGGGCUGCCCCAUCCCUGGAGGCGUUUAGUUCCUGGAGCAAAUGGCUUCCAACUGGCCUGGCAAACGCCAUAUCGCUCGCCUUCUUGCCUUUGUAUAGUCCACUUAAGUGAUACAAUGAAGCAAGCGCCAAGUAGCCCUGAUAAUGUUGCCAUGCAAGAUAACUUUGGCUGCGCAGUUGAAAACCGCUUCAACCAGCUUCUUGAUGACGAGUCUGAUCCAUUAGACUUUCUGUAUCAAUCAGGUGUAGAGAUCACCCGUCGCAAAAAGAAGGAAGAAGCAGCUGCAAAGAAAAGUGCUAACCAAAAAUCUGGGAAAAAGGAAUCCCAAAAAGAAAGAAAGGCUUUCCUUGCUGGAGGGAGCACAGAAGUCCAAGGGACUCAACAAACAGGGCAGAAGCAUGCACCAAAGAAUACGGUAAAAGCUACUCAAAAUGAAAAUGUUGGCUCACAAGUUAAAGUUGACCGCGCUGAACGAAGAACUGCCUUCAAGGAGGUCCGUCCCAAUAUUAUGGAUAGAGCGACUGAGUACAGUAUUGAAAAACCAAUGGAAAUCAUGGACCAAGAUAAGCAAACCAGAAACUAUGGUGCUGGGAGAGGAGGCAUGCGAGGCAGAGGAAGAGGUGGCUUUCCAAGAAAUACAGAGAAUGAUAAUAUAAGAGGAAAGCGAGAGUUUGAUAGACAUAGUGGCAGUGAUAGAGCUAGAAUAAGACCAGAAGACAAGAGGGGUGGAGGUGGACCUCGCAACUGGGGCUCUAUAAAAGAAGCUUUCAGUGAGAUUGAGGCGGUUCCAGUAGAAGAGCAAGUUGAGCCUACUGAAACAACAGAAGCAACAGAGGAAGAACAUGGCAAAGUUCCUGAAGAAAUAAAUGAAGGAUUUUCUCAAGAAAUGUCCCUUGAUGAAUGGAAGUCUCUCCAGGAUCAGAACAGGGCUAAGACGGAAUUUAACUUGCGUAAACCAGAAACCUCUGUGCCUUCCAAAGCUGUGGUAAUCCAUAAAUCUAAAUAUAAAAAUAAUAUAAGUGAAAAUGAAGAGGAAUAUCAUUAUUGCUUCAGAAAGCCUGUGAAUGAUAUCACUGCUCGGUUAGAUAUUAACUUUGGAAGUCUGGCCCGCCCAAGUCGUGGGAGAGGAGCAGGAGGACGUGGACGUGUAAGAAGAGAAGAAGCCUUCCCACAUGAAGUCGUUAAUGUUCUCUCUGAUGCCCCAAACCCAGAUGAUCCUGAAGACUUUCCUGCUCUGGUUUAACUGGAUUUUCUUCAGCUGUGGUUUUUCACUUAAUUCCAAAUGCCUAGAAAGUUUGAAGAUGGGGAACACAAACUUUGUAGAUGUAGAUAAGACAUGAUUGCACUUGAUGUGAAGGGUUAAAAUGGGGGAAGAAUUUGAGAAUCAGCACUUAAGUUUGGUUUUGCUAGAUUGUAGCAAUGAUCUGCAACUGGAGAAUGGUACUGUUCCCUUACUGAGGGGAUGAAUUGUAAUCCUGCUACUUAAAGAUUUUAUAGGAAAACUUAUUGCCAUUUGGAGGGAGGAAUAUGUUCAUUAUUGAAAUCCUGUACAUAAAAAUUCUGCCUUCCCUACCUCGGUGUAUAAAACCUUCAUGCAAUGGUAUUGGAAUUUUGCAGUGUUAAAAUAAAUCAUUAAAGUUGCGUACAGUGCAAAAAUGAA